UGUUGACUUAAAAAUUUUAGACACUAUUUAGCAGUGUCUUUUGUACGCAUUUAUUUUACCUUUGUAAUAUUUAAUUUCGUUUUAUUUAAUUUUGAUUCGUGUUAUGAGAAAUCUGUGUGGGUGAUAAUGCAGAUAAGUCAUUUAUCUGAAGUCGGGAGCGGGGCCGGGGAAAAAUAUUGUGACACUGAACAUACAAAUACCGUAGUGCAGAGAGAUUUGGUUACUCUAUACGAAAAUGUUGACACGAAACUUACUUCCAAUAACAAGAACUUAGUUCGUCCUCCGAACCAGUACGUAGAGACUGUCGUCUACAAUGAAGAUCAGGAGUCCGAAGGCAGCGACAGUGAAUUUUAUACCAACGAAGACUUCUACGAUGUUGUACUUAUCAACAAAGAAAGAAUAGACCUCAUAAAUAGCUUCCCAUCUUUAGAUAAAACGUUAUGUCAAAAAUUUGGAAACAUAGCUAUCCAAGCGGAUCAAGGAACAGAUUGUACCGAUAGUAUUUUGUUUAAAAGCCCUAUUAGAAAGGAACAAUUUAAUUCUUUAAACAGGAUGUUGAAUUUCGGUGCAUUCGACGGCGCAUUUUUCUCAACGUCCCUUCUAGAUUUUAUAUGCUGCAACAAUCUGGAUGAUAAUUCAAAUUUAUACAUGGAUAACAUUAUUCAAUACGCCAGACGUACGAUCGAACAAUUAAGACGUAUUAGCAAUGGAGAUUAUUUGACAGAAAAGGCUAAAGAAAAAUGGAAAACCUUGGGGAAUAAAUAUGAAGAUCGAAAAGACAAUGAGGUUGUUAAGGUAGCUAGUGUGAGUAGUAACCCUUUGCGAAUCGAAUGCAACGUCGACGCGUUUAAAACAAGAUGGCGUGACUUCAUACAUUCAGAGUUAGAUAUCAGAUCGUUAACGAAGAUCUUAGAGAAGAGAAUCAUUAAAAUUCCGCGCCUUAUUUACGGCUCGUUUACUUUUCUGGAUAAACGAUGCGAGAAUAAUUUAGUCAUAACAUGUCAGAAGGAAAGUGACCAGGCAGCGAGUGGCGAUGGCAGUAAGUCAAAAAUUGACAUCGUUGUACAACUUAAAUCAUCCAAUACUAACAAUAUGGGGAGCGAAAUUGAAUCAGUUAUGGUCAUACGCAAUAGUUUACCUAGCAUGAAAGAUGAAUCUUGGCUGCCAUUAGAAUUUAACUCAUUAAAAUCUGAUACCAACAUCAAUAAUAAUGUACAAAACCAAAUAACACUCACGGAGUUUAAUGAUUACGGGGAAAAUAGAAAUGUACGUACCUUCGCGAAAGGGGAUGAUAACUCUACAGAUUUUGCGUUUCAUUGCGAUUCCACGGAUACCAAAAGUUCAGAACUCUCACUUUGUGAAAUAACCUCACUGUUCACGAUGGCUACGAACGACGGAACUUCAAAUUACUCCAGCGAAAGAAAUUGCAAUAUCGAUCAAGUAAACAUUGAAACACAAAUAUCUUGUUACCGACCUACUGCGGACGAUCUCUUCGUAACAUUGCAGAAGUUGGGCACACAAACUGUCGUGCUAGAGGAGACUGACGAGACAUCCUUAUCGAAAAAGAAAUCACCGACAAAAGUCAGAAUAAAGUCGCCAUAUGAAAAUAAAUCGCACGCACUCGAAGAAAAGAAACGACGAAAACUUUUGGAAAUAAGAGAAAGGAGGGAGAAGAAGAAAAAAUCGCUCAGCGAAAACUGUAAAGUGACAAAACAUAAACAUGGGAAGGCCGUCAUGGCGCAGCCCUCGAACUCUGUUACCAAACUAUCAAUAACUAACAAAUCUUUUUAUACUUCAAUUUAUGGCGAUAAAACAAAUGUCGGCGGCCAUUCCGCCAAACAUUCUCACGUCGAACCGUUAGACGAUGAUAAUGACGAUGACUCAGUGAAAGAUGUAACUGUUUUGAAAAAGGAAAAUCGUGUCGGUUACGGUUACUAUUUGGAUGAUCCGGAAACAGAAGUUAUGAAUAUGAAAUUUAAACACAGACAUAGAUCUCACAAGAAACAAUAUAAACCACCAAAUUGUUCCAACUCAGCAUCGAAUUUUGAUUCAUACGCCGGAGUUGCUUCCCACAAUUCAUCAACUUCUGAGUUGAAGCCAAAAAGUGAACCUUGUGAUAGUGACAAACGUGCAAGAAGCUGCUUUUCUGAAAUGUUGCACAACUCACCUCGAGAGAACACCGACAAUAAUGAAAAUAACAACUCCAAUAAGAAAUCCCUUACUUCAGUGGAGUGCAAGAAAAGUAUAGAUAAAAUUUAUGAAUUAAUGAGAAAAUUGAGUAAAGUAGAUUCCUCAGAAUCUAUGUACCCCUCGAAUAAAGGUACGCCAGCUGACACCAGCUUCAACGAUUCAACUAAGCACAAAAAAGCAAAACUCGUCAACGCAGACAGCUGCGCCAGUAUAAAAUGUGAACUGAUCGCAUCCAAUCCUAGUAUUUUUAGCUUCGAAGGAAAAAAUAAUGAAGCCCUUUAUACGGACAAAGGAAGCAAAAAAUCUGGACUCGAAGCGAAUAGCAUUACAAAAGUUAUAAUAAGUUCUAAACCCCACGUUAGAGCUGAGAAAAUUGAAACCAAACCUCACAAAAGGGUCAGAAUUCACAGUCCUGAAAACAUUUCAAAAAAUCCUCUAAAGGCUAUUUCUCACUUGAUCAAUGAAUUCGAUAACAUUCAAAAAGGUAGACAAAGAACUACGCUGGAACCGAGGGAUUAUAAGAAAACAAAUAAUUUUGUUGAGAGCAAAGGUUUGCCUCGAUUUAAUUUGCCAAAAAAAGUAAACCGUGAAAAUGAAAAUAAAGAAGGCAAAUUGGUACCGAAUAAAAACAUAUCGAACAUCGACACAAAAAAUCAAUAUAGAAAUCCUAUGGUUCGAGGUAAACCAACUGAACCGAUUAGUAAUAUGAAUAAAAUAGUUGAGAGGGAGAAGAAAGUAGUCGAUAUAGUUGAUGAAGCUUUAAGGGAGGCUCGGGGAGAGGCUGUCAAAGGUCCUCCGAGACAAUUCACGAGACUCGACAGCUUGGCUCAGCCGAAGAAAUCUUACGUGAACGCUCAAAUGGAGGCUAUGAGACCAAGAUAUGGGAGGAAUUACCUUCCUGGACCUCCAGCUCAAGUUCCACAACCUCAAAGACCAGUGAGACAAAGGAGAAAUGAACAAGAAAUUAUCUACGUAUCAAGUUCCAAAACAGCUAAUAAUGUACCGCCUAAAGUUACAGACAAGUACAAAAGAGUUCGACGCACGCCAAACUCCGGGCCGAUAGAGAUCAUAGUGCCCCAGGCGCCUGCGCCGACUUACAAGCCGCGGCCUGUCCCCGAGGCUCCUCGUACGUCAAAGAAGAUGAUACCAUUUGAAUCUUAUCCAAAAAAGCGGCCAUUCACAAUGUCUGAAUCAGUAACAACGAAUAACAUGCUGCAAAAAUCCUCAGUAGCGUCCGAUUUCCCUGAAUACCAAAUUCUUCAACAUUCCAAAGAUGGUCCGAGUAGUGUGGCGACGACGUCUAGUUUUGAGAACGAUUCAAUAGGUGAAAAUAAACUAAGAUACGAUCCAUUGCAAAAUGAAGUUGCGGUUUCCCUUUCAGUUAUUACUGAAUCCAAAACAACGAUGUCUUGUAACGAUAAGAGAAAUAACUUUGCCGGUACGUUAACCUCUAACGAUGAGCUCAUCUCCAUAUGCUCAGAUUUUAUUAUAGACGUGUUCGAAGAUAAAAAUAUUCUGACAGCCGUUUCUAAUAUUACUAAAAACACAGAAGGUAAUGAUGUUUAUAAGAAAGAAAGUAAUAAUGAAAUUCAAGCGAUUUAUUCUGAUACGAACAUUCCGCAUAACGGAAUCGUCCGGCGAAUCGACAGCUUGGAAAAGGCGUUGUACAACCAAAUAUCCCAAGGUACAUUUCCGAAGCGGUUGAAAAUCAAAAAAUUAACGUUAACACCUAAACAAUCAACGAAUCAAGUGUUAUUAUUACAUUGUGGAGAUGCUAAUUCUAUGAUUGAACAGUCCCGUAUAUCAAAGAAACUACAUUUUAGAAGAAAUAAAAGUAUAACGAGCUUAAUCAAUAUGCCUUUGUUUGAUUCCAUUCAAGAUCGAUAUUUCCCAAAGCUUCCCGUUAAUAUAACGACGGUAGGAUAUGUCUUUGCUAAGCCAAAAUCCAUUGAAAUAAAAUCGAUCGAAAGCAGUGCCAACGCAAAUAGUAGAUGUAUGGGGAUACAAACUCAUGCUUGUUCGAGUGAUAAAAAAAUAACUGACGAAUACUCUAAUGAUGAGAAAGGUGUACAAACUAUACAAGUAAAUGAUGUUUCCCAAAACUUAAAUAAAAAUUUCAGAAUAGAAAAAGUUGAUAAGAGUACGGGCCUAACAAAAUCUCUCCUUAAUUUAAACAAAAGUAAGGAAAACGAAAAAGGAAUAGCAAAAGCCGAAAACAUUGAGAACACGACUUCGUUAGACAUUUUAGUUGAAUUGUUGGAUGAAAUUGAAAAGAUUACGAAAUAUCAAAAUCUCAACGCUUCUAAAGAACAACAUAUGGAAUUACACGAACCUUACAAAUUAUUAUCAAAAUCACAUAAACCUGCUGAUAAUAUCUGUGAUGUGAUUAAAGUUGACUUAAAUCGUAAUUUAACAAAAAAAUGUAAAAAAACUUCACUAAAUUGUGUUGACAAAGGAGUUGCGGUGAAUAUAACAAAAAAUUGCGUCAAUGAAUGUACAGAAACACCACAAUAUCUUCUUAAAAACUACAGUGGAAUGGAGACAAGUUCCGUUACUGCAAAUGUUACUUUAAAUAAAGAAUGCAUUGAUUUGGUUACGAAUGCAGACUCUCAAAUGUCGCAUAAAAAUCCCCCAAAUUCUGUUACUGGGAUUGUAAGUCAACCGUCUAGUAAUUCUCUUAUAUCAUUAUAUGACUACAGAUCCUAUUGUUUAAGAAAAUUUAAAGUAACUCCAAUUCACAAUUACGAUGAAUGUAAUAAAUUUAUCGAAAACAAAAAAAAGUUAGAAAGUAAUGAAUCAAAAGAUCACGGAAAAUAUGAAAUAAUACAUGUAAAGAAUAGCGCCCAAAGAAGAAAUGAAGGAGUUGGCAAGAAUCAGAAAGAAUUUGAUAUUCUCAAAGUGAAAAGAGAUAUUCUAGUAACCGUUUAUUCCAUUUUAGUGUUUACUGUUUUUGCUGCCUUGUCUUUUCCAGAGUUUAUAUAUCGGUCUUAAUUUAAAUUAUAUAAAACUGUUAAAUCACGGGAAUUCGGAAUAUUUUAGCAUUCUUUAUUAUUUAUUUUAUACUUAUGUGUAUGUUAUAAUCUUUUCUAUUUAAAAUUUUAUGUGUACGUUUAUACACACAUAUGAAAUGUAUGCGGAAUUAUAUAUUUUGAAAUAUC